GGAUAAACAUUAUUUCCACUAAUCAUAUAGCACGCAUGUCAGCAGGGCCAGGUGGAAGGAAGACUAAGAAGGUAAGAAAGUUCCCAUGAUGCACCUGCGUGUGGUCAAGGUGCUGACUUCCGCCACGUGCUCGGUGUGGAUGAAGUAACGUCAUCUUGCCAGUGUCAUUGACUGUGCCGGGACACACGCAGGCAGUCAUCCGAGUCCAAGCAGGCUAGCCAUUGCAGCAUGGACCCCCAGGUGUGCCCGCCCCCGCUUAGUAGCAGCCACUUUUUGAUAUCAGGCCUUGACAAAUCCCCAGCCGGUGCUUACCAACCUGCCCACUCCAGGAGCAGCAGCACCGGCUCCUCCAAACACUCAAAGCAGUCUCGUGAUUGGGAAGUGAUGGCUGACCUGCAGCAUCAGGACCAGAGCUGCCUUCCUGGUGGUUGUGCGGAUGCGAGUAUCCCCGGCUUGUGUGAGGGUUUCCUGAUGAAGAGUAGGAAGUACCCGUUGAAAGGCUGGCAUAAGAGAUUCUUUGUGUUGGAGAAAGGAAUCCUCAAGUAUUCAAAGACGCAGCAAGAUAUUCAAAGAGGAAAACUCCACGGCUCCAUGGACGUCAGCAUGGCUGUCAUGUCCAUCAAUAGAUGUUCCAAACGCAUCGACUUGGAUGCUGGAGACAACCUUUACCACCUCAUGGCAAAGAGCCAUGAGCUGUUCUACAUCUGGGUGACCAAGCUGUGUGCGCAUCGUUCCUUUCGUAAAAACGAGGCAAUGAGCAUCCAACGUGGAAUCCUUCACGCUCUGUCUCUGGGCCACAGCAGCCUGCCAUCCACGACCAGUUUAGCCACCCAAAAAAGAGCCUCACUGCCAAUGUACGCCAGCUCAGCAUCAGACUUCCAAACCGAGAUGGGAAGCCCCUCCCAUUCGGGUGUGACCAACAAAGUAUCGGCUUGGCUGCAGCAGACUGACAACAUUGAUGCAACCUCCAAUGAUUUGACUCGCUGUCAGACCGACCUGACGGAACUUGCUCAGCUCAUCCAGCGACUCCACUGGCUGGAAGGCGGCUUGCCAGUCACCGACACCGACCUGGAAAUGCGCAUCAGCAUGCAGAAUCUUUCCUUGGAGAAACCCAAGAAGAAGAGUGGGAGGGCGUAUGGUCACUCCAGGACUUUGUCCCGUGUGGAAGCCAUGGGAGGAAUUUUCACGUCCAGCCACCUGAGGACCAACUUCAGUUCUGUUCAGUCCAUUCCAGACUAUGUCUACUCACAGCUAUCCAACCCUCAGGUCACCUCACCUGAGGCGAAGAAACUCCAGCAGGACAUCUGCGUGCUCUCCCAAAGAGUUCUAACAUCUCUCAAGUCCGUCCAUGACGGUUUGGCUUUGGAGCGACAGAGACUCAGACAGGCUUGGACUGGCCCGGAUCUGCGGCAGGACACCUCGCAGCUUGCGACACUGUGCAGCACACUGUCAGAGUCUCAUCUGACCAGAGUCCAUUCCCUUUCCCUGUCCUCGGAAUCUACAGAGGAAUCCUUCUGCACCGUCCAAGCGGAGCAGAAGACGCCAUCUUUGGCUCAUAGUAGGCGCAUGCCCUCCGUGGCCGACUCCAUGGCCACGGAGUAUUUUGAUGCCAGCGAAGUGAUCGUGUGUGAAACCUCCUCCGAGGCAGAAGGUUCCGAUGAGUCGGGUCUGAGUGACAUCACCAUGACCAGUACCUCAGAGCCUGAAGAGGGACAUGCCAGUGCCACCCUGAAAUACCGAGCCAGUCUCAGAAAUGCACCUGACAAACCCACACCCCCGUCAGACACAGGUCGACGUAGCAUCCUCCCCGGCCAGGGAACGGACAACAGCCACAUCGGCAUCAUGACCAUCCUGUACAACAACAUCGGCAAGGACCUGUCUCGGGUCUCCAUGCCAGUUGUCCUCAACGAGCCGCUGUCCUUGCUGCAGAGACUCACCGAAGAGUUGGAGUACACGGAGCUGCUGGACAUCGCCAGUCGUACCGACGAUCCGUACGAGAGAAUGGUAUACGUUGCAGCUUUCUCCAUUUCUGGAUACGCGUGGGCAUCAUGGCGGUAUCGCUAUAAACCUUUCAAUCCCGUUCUUGGAGAAACUUACGAGAAUCACAGAGAAGACAGAGGCUUCCGCUUCGUCAGCGAGCAGGUCAGCCAUCAUCCUCCCAUCUCUGCCUGCCACGCAGAGUCUCCAAACUUCACUUUCUGGCAAGAUCAAAGAUGGAAGAACAAGUUUUGGGGCAAGUCAGUAGAGAUCAUCUCGAGCGGACCCGUCAACGUUACGUUACCCAAGUACGGCGAUCACUACCAGUGGAACAAAGCCGUUACUUGCAUUCACAACGUGCUGAGUCAGCAGCGCUGGUUGGAGCACUACGGCGAGGUGGUCAUCAGAAAUAAAAAUAGCGACGUCUGCACCUGCAAGAUAACGUUUGUCAAGUCCAGAUACUGGAGCUCGGACAACAAUAAAAACGAAGUCCAGGGUGUGGUUCUGAACCGGGCUGGAGAAGUUGUCCACCGUUUUGGAGGGCUCUGGCAUGAAGGCAUCGUGUGUGACACACUGCCAACCGCCAAGUGUAUCUGGAAGCCCAAUGUGCAACCUGAUGAUCACUUCCAGUACUAUGGCUUCUCACGCUACGCCAGGGAGAGCAACGAACUCACGCCAGAACUCAAAGCUCUUCUUCCGCCUACAGACACCCGAUUCAGACCCGACCAGAGGCUCCUGGAGGAGGGAAAGGUAGCAGAGGCGGACAAAAAGAAGGAUGAGGUGGAGGAGAAGCAGAGGGAGAGGAGGAAGGAGAUGGCCAAGCAAGGACAGGAGCACGUCCCCAGGUUCUUCAGCAAAGAAGUCGAUGAUGCUGGCCAGGAGGUGUGGCUUUACAAGGGAACCUACUGGAAGCUCCGUGAAGAACCAGGCUUUUCCAACACCGAGAACCUGGAGCUGUGGUAAACGGCUGCAUUGGAUGGAGCUAAACACUAAAGGGAAGUGUGAAUGUAGUAUAGAGUGCUGCUACAGCCAGGGUGGAGAGGCUGGGGUAUUUGUUAGCAUACAUGAGCCUCGGCGUGGUCUUUUUUUUUUGAGCACAUGAGGUGAGGUGCCACCACAGAACAGAUGACGACACUUUAAGGAAGUCCAAUGUCCUCCCGCCUUGCUGCCUACCUCUGUAGAUGAUGUUCAGAAAUGGUGGAGUCUAUUUGUAGCUUCUAUUUGUGGGAUAAAUGUUUCUUUUAAGAUGUCUGUUACCAGCAAUAUUUAUAUUUCAUUUUACCGCACAGAUUCUGAAGGUCAUCUUCUGGCCUCCUGUAGAGUAUUAAGAAGAGAAGUAUGAGGGACCUUUUUUUUUUUUUAAAUGCUCAUGAACUUGUGACAUCAUCACGGCGUUGAUGUUGGAAGGUGUUUCUUGCUUUUCUUGCCAAUUAUAAUCUUCUGGCUUUUACUUGAUUGACGACGUAUUAUGCAGUAUUUUUAAAAGUCACCUGUCAAGGAAAAAUACUGCAUUUUUCCUCUAAUUAGCUCGAAAUAAAAGGUUUGAUAAUAUCCUUGCUUUGGCUUUUU